CCUUCUUGGGUGUUGUGAUAAAAAUCGCGGUUAUGAUACAUUAUACAAAACUUAUAUCUUACCAAUGCUCCAGGUCAAAAGGUUAUCUUCGCGGACCUUGCAUUUACUUCAAGCAAUUGUGAAGAAGGUAUCUGUUUACGAGGCCUGUACGCUAAUUCAACAAAUGGCGGGCAAUGAAUUGCGACACGAAUCAAUCCGUAGGAAAAGUUAUAUUGAGAAAAAUGAAGUAGCAAGUGAUAGUACUCAACAUGAUGUUAACUCUAUGCUAGUGGACGAGAAUCCACAAGAACAAGAACAAGAUGAUGUUGAAUUAAUAAUUGAACAAGUUAUUGAUUGCCUACAAAUAAUAUCAAAAGCAGCUCUGUAUCAUCUAGCCCUAAAUGCGAGUGAUGAAAUUAAUCAAGAUUAUCCUACUACUUUUUCUUUUCGAUAUCUAACGUCGUAUCGUCUUUUUUCUGCAAUUACUGUUUUAUUAUCCUCUCAACGUAUACGAGCUUGUUCAAGAUUCCAUGAACUAGUAAAUUCUCUCGGAAAAUUAUGCAUUAUUUUGCUGGGUGCACCUGUCGGAAUGCUUUACUUAGCUCGACAGUUGCAGCAGUCCCGAGAUCAAGUUGGCAACAGUUUAAUUACUAUAUGGUCCAGUCUUCUGUGCCAACAAAACCAAGAUCUGAAUUUACAAGAUGAAACUGAUGAGUCUUUUGCAAAUAUUCAUCCUAUAUCCAUCGAAAGUUGGUCAGAUGUAGAUGAAAUAAGACGAACUCCAGGUGUCGGUGAUAUUUGGUGUGGUCUCGGACAAUCCACUUCUGGUAAUUACGAUGAAGACUACGAUUAUGUAUACGAUUACAGUGAAGAUGAAACAUCAGUUAAUGAAGAAGAAAAUUAUAAUGUGAGAAAGGCAAGACAAAUCCUAAAAAUGCAAAGUUACGGAGCCAUCGGUUCUGAAUCAGACUGUUUGGAUAAAUGUAUAAUUCCCUCCGAUCAAUUGGUCAUUCUAUUAAUUAACCAAAUACAUGCUGUUGCG